AUGCCUCCGAGCUGCUGGACGGUCACCCUCGCGAGUUGUGGCACGCUUGGCGUCAGCGACUGCUACGCGAUCCCGAAUAGGUUCAAGUCGGGGAACCAGUUGGGGGUGAUCCUUGGCGCGAGGGCUGUCAACCAAGAGUUCAUCGAACCCGGCGCGACCGCGCUGCCGUCAGCUGGCGUCUGGCGUGGCUUGAAGAUCCCAGCCGGCCACGACCUCUCGCUGAGCCAGGUGGACCUCGAGGCAGCCUUCUACCGCAUCGGGGUGCCGCCUGGGCUGGACGAGAUGUUCGUGCUGCCCGCGGUGCCCGUGGACGCGCUGCUGGAGGCGCUGCCCGAGGUGGACAUCGGCUCUCGGCCGGAGGGCAAGGUCUCGCCCCUGCUUGCUGUCCUUCCCAUGGGCUGGACUUGGAGCUCAUACUUCUUCCGAGCGCCGGUGGUCUCGCAGGUCGUUGCGGCUGGCAUCAGCGCGAGCCGCGUCAUACAGGACAGGUGCGUGGUGCCCGACGUGCGCGAGACCGCUGGUGUUGCUGUGUACGUCGACGGCGUGUUCGCCAUCGGGUGCGACCCCGCGUCCGUGAGCUCGACGAUAGAGCAGGCCCACCAGCGUCUCGAGGCCAGCCAUCUGAAGUGCAAGGGCGUGCAGUCGGACCCGUGGGAUCAGAAGUUCACGGGCUUGAACUUCGAUUUCGAGACGGGCCGCAUCUCCGUGAGCAAGGGCCGCAUCUGGAGGCUGCGCCUGGCGUUGCUGGAGGUCACCGAGCGCGGCUACUGCAGUGGCGACGACAUGCUGUCGGUCCUCGGCCACUACACGUGGGCCGCCAUCUUGCGGCGCUGCUUGCUGAGCGUCUUCCACAGUGCCUACCGCUUCGCCCGGGCUGCAGGGCCUCGGCGAUGGCGGCUCUGGCCCGAGGUGGCCACUGAGUGCCGCGUGGCAGCAGCUCCCAUCGCCUGUGCCUACCUGGACACCAAGCUGGAGGUGGACCCCGUGGUGUUAGCUACGGACGCCUCCACUGGCACAGGAGACCUGGAGGGGACGGGGUUUGGAGGCUAUGCUGUGACGGAGAAGACCUGGAACCAGCACGACGUUUGGGCCGCGGCCUCUUGCGUGGAGCGCUGGCGGUACAAGCUUGGGGGCGCCAUUGAGGUGAACUUCGAGGAGAUCGGCCCGAGCUUCUUGCUGCCGCUGGACUCCUGGAAGCUGAAGGCGUUCGGGCGCUGGCGGCGCCCUGAGGCAGCCGCCUGGCGGGGCGCGGGCGGCGUGCGCUUCCUCGGCGAGGUUGAAGAGCGCGAGCAGCCUGGGCGUGACCUCGCCGCCGAGAGUGCUGCCCAGCCGAAUGGUGACCAGGAGGGCCCGCUGGGAGGCGCCAACGGGUUCGAGCGCCGCCUCAGCCUCAGCUCCGACAGCUCCUCCAGCAGCGACGCGGAGUCGAGACGCGUCCGCCACGGCGACGCGCGGGGGGACGUCGAGCCUGGGCUCACCUUCUUGCAGACCAACAAGGUCAAGCCUCCCACGCGCACCGCCUUCCGAGAGCGGGCGCGGAACUUCUUAGAGUGGGCCAACGAGGGUGCCCCGGCGGAGAUCUCCACUCGGCGCCUCGACCAGCUGGCUGCCAACUACACGGACGUCCUGUUCUUCGACGGGAUGGAGGUCGGCGAGGGCUCGAGGCUGCUGGCGGCCCUGCAGUACCUGCGACCCAGCUUGGGGACGGCUCGCCACGGCAACUUUCCUGUGGCUCGUGCAGCCGUCGCGGGGUUCCGCCGCCGUGCCCGGGGAGGAACUCGCGCUCUUUUGUGCCGGCCUUGGGUGCUUGCGGUGGUCGGGAUCAGCCUGCUGCUGGAGGACCUGGAGUUCGCGACGGCGCUGUGGCUGGCCUGGGACGGCAUGCUGCGCCUGCCGUCCGACCUGGUGAGCAUGACGCCCAAGACCCAGAUCGGGCCUGGCAGGGCGGGGAAGCCCACGCGGGCUCUUCUCCUCUACCCCAGCGAGCAGGAGGCGAGGAGCAAGGUCAUGGGCGCCGACGAGGGCGUGAUCUUGCGCGAGGCCUGCUGGAGCGGGGGCGGCAGCGCGGCCUUGCGGCGCCUGCGGGGGGCUCGGGGCCCCAGCUGCCAGCUCUGGUCGUUCGACGGGGCUUGGUUCACCAAGCGGUUCGAGGAGCGGCUGGCCGCGCUGCCCGAGGCGCCCACGGCGGUCGCCUACCAGGUGCGCCACGGUGCCGCGAGCCACGCGGCGGCAGUGGACCAGCUCCCACUCAGCGCGAUCACCGAGCGGUUGCGGCACGGCAACCCGCACAGCAGCUUGCGCUACGCCAAGCACGUCCGCUACCUUUCCUUGCUGAACAGGGUGCCACAGGCCGUGGUGGACUGGGGCGAGGAGAUCCACGCGCGGCCGGGCAGCCUGCUCGGCGGGAGCGACAUCUUGCAGGCUCCUGCCUUUCUGCUGCAGAGUGUGCUCGUGGCCUUGCGCGGCAGCUGCGCCAAG